AUGAGGAGUACUGGGGGGGGGGUAAGAGGGGGCGAGGUUAAGCAGGGAGGAGGGGGCGAGGUUGAGCAGGGAGGAGGGGGCGAGGUUGAGCAGGGAGGAGGGGGCGAGGUUGAGCAGGGAGGAGGGGGCGAGGUUGAGCAGGGAGGAGGGGGCGAGGUUGAGCAGGGAGGAGGGGGCGAGGUUGAGCAGGGAGGAGGGGGCGAGGUGAGCAGGGAGGAGGGGGCGAGGUUGAGCAGGGAGGAGGGGGCGAGGUUGAGCAGGGAGGAGGGGGCGAGGUUGAGCAGGGAGGAGGGGGCGAGGUUGAGCAGGGAGGAGGGGGCGAGGUUGAGCAGGGAGGAGGGGGCGAGGUUGGGCAGGGAGGGGGAGCAGGGAGGAGGGGGCGAGGUUGAGCAGGGAGGAGGGGGCGAGGUUGAGCAGGGAGGAGGGGGCGAGGUUGAGCAGGGAGGAGGGGGCGAGGUUGAGCAGGGAGGAGGGGGCGAGGUUGAGCAGGGAGGAGGGGGCGAGGUUGAGCAGGGAGGAGGGGGCGAGGUUGAGCAGGGAGGAGGGGGCGAGGUUGAGCAGGGAGGAGGGGGCGAGGUUGAGCAGGGAGGAGGGGGCGAGGUUGAGCGAGGAGGAGGGGGCGAGGUUGAGCGAGGAAGAGGGGGCGAGGUUGAGCAAGGAGGAGGGGGCGAGGUUGAGCAAGGAGGAGGGGGCGAGGUUGAGCGAGGAGGAGGGGGCGAGGAGGAGGGGGCGAGGAGGAGGGGGGGCGAGGUUGAGCAAGGAGGAGGGGGCGAGGUUGAGCAAGGAGGAGGGGGCGAGGUUGAGCAAGGAGGAGGGGGGCGAGGUUGA